AUGGCAGUCACUGCCGACGGCCGCGUCGCCCUGUCUGCCACAGGGCAGCUGCACCGCCCCACGAGAUCUUACACUCAAAGCGGGAGGCUAGUGAAGUUCAGCAGUGGAGAGUUCAUGGGGCAGAAGCUCAAGUUUACUCCAGUUCAGCAGAGGAAGAAUGGCAAUGGUAUUAGAAGCCAUGUCUGCAAUUCACUCACAGCUGACUUGGCAGGUGAGGCCAAGUUGAGGGACCUGGAGGUGGAGAAGAGGGAUGCGAGGACUGUUGUCGCCAUUAUUCUCGGAGGAGGAGCAGGCACCCGUUUGUUCCCACUCACAAAGCGCCGUGCCAAGCCAGCUGUUCCAAUGGGAGGAGCAUAUAGGCUAAUCGAUGUGCCAAUGAGUAACUGCAUCAACAGUGGGGUCAACAAAGUAUAUAUUCUCACUCAGUUCAACUCAGCAUCACUCAACAGGCAUCUCGCAAGAGCUUACAACUUUGGAAGCGGUGUCUCGUUUGGAGAUGGCUUUGUUGAGGUAUUAGCUGCCACUCAAACUCCCGGUCAGGCAGGUAAAAAUUGGUUUCAAGGCACUGCAGAUGCUGUGCGGCAAUUCCACUGGCUUUUUGAGGAUCCAAGAAGUAAAGACAUUGAAGAUGUUCUCAUUCUAUCUGGCGAUCACUUGUACAGGAUGGACUACAUGGACUUUGUUCAGUCUCACCGCCAAAGUGGGGCAGAUAUUACUUUAUCAUCUUUACCUAUAGACGAAAGCCGCGCCUCAGAUUUUGGUUUGAUGAAGAUUGACGAUAAAGGAAGGGUCCUUUCAUUCAGUGAAAAACCAAGGGGGAAUGAGUUGAAGGCAAUGGCAGUAGACACAACAGUUCUUGGACUCUCUCAAGAAGAGGCAGAGAAGAAGCCUUAUAUAGCUUCAAUGGGAGUUUAUGUCUUCAAGAAGGAUAUACUUCUCAAUCUUUUAAGAUGGCGUUUCCCAACUGCGAACGAUUUUGGAUCAGAAAUAAUCCCUGCAUCAGCUAGAGAAUUCCAUAUUCAGGCUUAUCUAUUUAACGACUACUGGGAAGAUAUCGGGACAAUACGUUCCUUUUUUGAAGCAAAUCUAGCCCUUACAGAACAUCCACCAAGAUUCAGCUUCUAUGAUGCUACAAAGCCAAUCUACACAUCUAGAAGAAACUUACCACCAUCAAAGAUAGAUGACAGCAAGAUUAUUGACUCUAUAGUUUCGCAUGGUAGUUUCUUGACCAGUUGCUUAGUCGAGCACAGUGUUAUUGGUAUUCGUUCACGCAUAAACUCAAAGGCUCACCUAAAGGAUACGGUGAUGCUGGGAGCUGAUUUCUAUGAAACUGAUUCAGAAAUUGCCUCGGCCUUAUCAAAGGGGAAAGUUCCUGUAGGAAUUGGAGAGAAUACAAGAAUCAAAGAAUGCAUCAUUGACAAGAAUGCUAGAAUUGGUAAAAAUGUCGUCAUUGAAAAUUCAGAUGGUGUACAAGAGGCUGACAGAACUUCAGAAGGAUUUUACAUCCGAUCAGGCGUUACUAUAAUAUUGAAAAAUGCAAUAAUCAAAGAUGGAACGGUGAUAUAACAAUUUUGGCUCCCUUCGGUCUGGGGUGAAAAUCCAAAACAUGAGAGAAUCAUGGACUUCUGUCACAAACGAAGAGUGCUGAAGCAAUUAUUUAUCCUCACAUUCUAUCAGAGCUACAUUUUCAUUUUGUUUAUUUGUUCCUAUAAUGUAGAAUUCAAAAUUCUACAAUUGUUUCAUAGUCACAAUUAAUUCUCAUCAUUAUUACGUAAAUUAUACGGAGUACUA